AACUUUUCGCUUUUCUUGCAAAACAUACAAUUAGGGUUCCUCUUACAUUCGAUCGGCUUCUCUUUUGCGCUGAAAGAUGGGGCACUCUAACAUCUGGAACUCUCACCCCAAGACCUACGGGCCUGGUUCCCGCACCUGUCGUGUAUGCGGGAACCCCCAUGGAAUUAUUAGGAAGUAUGGGCUCAUGUGCUGCAGACAGUGCUUCCGUAGCAAUGCCAAGGAAAUUGGCUUUAUCAAGUAUCGUUGAGCUGUGAAUAUCUGAAUUUCUGCCCGUGAAGGAGGGCUUUUCUAAGUGGGUUGCUUUUCGAUCUCUACGGGCAUCCUUUUUAUAAUUUAUCUUUGCCUUUUUUUUUAAGAAGGGUGUGGUAAGAGAGAUUAUUCUAGUUUUAGAUAGAACUCAAUUUGUUCCGGGAACUCUUUUCAUGGUACUCAUUUCUUUCAAUGAAUCGUGAAAUUGUUCAUUCUGCAGUU